CGAGGCGCCACUCUAUCCAGACCACCGAGGCGCUCUUCCGCCUCCUCCUUAGCCGCCGCCAUGCGCGUGGAGAAGUGCUACUUCUGCUCCGGGCCGGUGUACCCGGGUCACGGGAUGCUCUUUGUCCGCAACGACUGCAAGGCGUUCCGGUUCUGCCGGUCCAAGUGCCACCGGAGCUUCCAGAAGAAACGCAACCCGCGGAAGGUGCGCUGGACCAAGGCCUUCCGCCGGGCGUCGGGCAAGGAGCUGGCGGUGGACCGGUCCUUCGAGUUCGAGAAGCGGCGCCACGAGCCCGUGAAGUACCAGCGGGAGCUGUGGAGCCAGAGCGUGGAAGCGAUGAAGCGAGUGGAGGAGAUCAAGCGGAAGCGCCAGGCCAAGUUCGUCUGGAACAGAUUAAAGAAGGGGAAAGAGUUGCAGAAAGCACAGGAUAUCAAAGAAGUCAAACAAAACAUUCACCUCAUCCAGGCUCCCCACGCAGGCAAAGCCAAGCUGAUGGAGGAAAAGAUGGUCCAGAUGCUACAGGACACAGUGCCCAUGGAAGAUUCUUGAAGAGUUGUGUUGUUUGUGUCCUGGCCUAUUUAAUUUGGGAGGAGAGGCUGGGGCUAUUGUUUAUAUUUUGUGAGCUGCAGCUUCAAGGGGAAUAUGUGUAAACCAAAUAUAUGGAAAUUAGAAAUAAAAUAGUGGCCAAAAAUGAUGA